AUGGAUCCCCCUGCCGAGUCCGCGGCCGAGGGUCUUCGCAAGCGGAAUACUCCAAUCCAUGCCAGCACUCAGCAGGAGGCCAGACAGGCAGUCCUGGACCUCAAUGCUGCCGAAGAGCAAUCCGACAAGAAGGAGCAGGACAGAAAGACGUUUGGCCGUACUCCCGAUGGAACUGUGUUCACCGUGCCUUACACACAUGACAUGGUCUCUCAGCUGCUCUCGCCCACAGAGCCUAAGAACCUGGGAGACGUGAUCGUCCUUUUGAUCCUUUUGCUGCACAUUCUUUUGGCCUGGUCCCUUCCAGCGGCAUAUCGGAAGCCCGUUCUCGCAGCCAUAUUUCUCUUCUGGAGAGCAGGCUAUAAUAUCGGCAUUGGCUAUCUUCUGCACAUGCAGUCUCACCACAAGAUGCUCGUGAGGUGGGCGCGCCGACUCAAGCUCUUCCCCAGCGCCUCCAAUGGUGAGAAUCCACACCCACAAAUACGAUCUUUUGUCAAACGAGAACUCGAGACCAAGAUUGCUAAAGAUUACGACUUCGAUACCGCCCCUCUUGAGUAUAACACUUGGUUGGUUUUCCGUCGUAUCGUCGAUUUGAUUUUGAUGUGCGACUUCGUUUCGUACAUGCUUUUUGCCAUGUCCUGUGGUCAUCGGCCAGACGGGGAGUUGUUUGUGACCACAUUGUUGCGGUGGGCUGUUGGAAUCUCCCUCUUUGCCUUCAACCUGUGGGUCAAGCUGGAUGCGCAUCGAGUGGUGAAGGACUAUGCUUGGUAUUGGGGCGACUUCUUCUACCUUGUCGAUCAAGAAUUGACCUUUGAUGGAGUAUUUGAGAUGGCCCCUCACCCCAUGUAUUCGAUAGGCUAUGUCGGCUACUAUGGUAUCUCGCUCAUGGCAGCCAGCUACAAAGUUCUGUUCAUCUCAAUCAUCGCUCACGCCGCUCAAUUCGCAUUCUUGGUGUUGGUCGAAAGCCCGCAUAUCGAACGUACCUACAGCUCUCCUCCGCCACGAAGAUCAAUCAACGAAUUGCCGAUAGCAGCACAUGGAGAAAACCACACAUAUGAUCUGAGUACUACAGACGAUGUCUGGCCUCGUCCCGCGCAUGCACAACCAUCCCAAACGCACAAUCUACUGGGCCUAAGCAAUACCGACUUGUAUCGGACUACCGAUUCUGCCAUCCUCGUGUUACAGAUCUACAUCUUUGCUCUGACUCUGCUGACACCGAACACGACCUUCUAUCAAGCAUUCUUUGUCGUCAAUGCGGCAAUAUGGAGAAUCUGGUAUUCUGCCGGGGUUGGAUAUCUGCUUAACAGGCAGUCUUCCAAAAAGAAGUGGACCAGGCAUUUUCUGAAGUACGGCGAGAGCACUGGUGAGGCAUGGAGGCAAUGGAAAGGCACGUACCACCUCAGUAUGAUUCUGUGCUAUGCUUGGUUUACGGCUGCGGCAUGGAAGAUGUACACCAUACCAACCAAUUGGGACUACGGCUUGGUCUUACUCAAGCACGUCGUGGGGUUCAGUUUAAUUGCGCUUCAGGUAUGGGUUUCGUUCAGCAUCUACGAUCAACUUGGCGAGUUCGGAUGGUUCUUUGGGGAUUUCUUUUUUGAUCACUCCUCUAAGUUGACCUAUGGUGGCAUCUACCGAUUUUUGAACAAUCCUGAGCGUGUACUGGGCCUUGCUGGCAUCUGGGGAGUUGCGCUCAUUACUGGAAGUAAAGCUAUCUUCUGUUUGGCCUUGUUGAGCCACACUCUCAGUCUAGCAUUCAUUCAAUACGUCGAGCGACCUCACAUGCAGAAACUGUACGGCCGAAGCCUUCGGCAAGAUGCUGGUUUGGUCAGAAGCCUGCGCAGAUCGCUGCCACCACCGUUGCGACAUUGGCAAGACGGUAUGGACAAGAUGCUGGAUGAGACAUUCGAUUAUCUCGAAGACUUCUUCGAUGCCGUACGUCCCAAAUUGGCGGCAGGUGUCACAAGUAUUGUACAGGACGUUAAAGACCUCAUACCAAAACACACAGCGCGUGUCACCAUCACGAAGGUGGAGCCGGAGGUCGUUGGCCUGAACCCAGAGGAUUACAAUCUCGAGAUUGAAGGUACUCCGGCAUCUCCUUUGGUUGACUCGCAGCGCUCAAGCGAUAAAGAAUCGGGCUUGGUUCGUACCGCAGCCGAAGCUACCAGCGGACAAAACGCUCUUCUCUUCGAGUACGGUGCUCCCAUUAAAGUCAAAUGGACAGCUCCUCUUAACCACGGCGCGAAAGACUGGGUCGGACUGUACAUGGUGACCGACAAUCCGUCUCGAGAGGUGACGACAAUUCCUUCGUCGGGCCGUUGGAUUGCUACCAAUCUACAAGAAUAUGACCUGCUGAAUUCUGAAAAGGGCAUCAUCUCCAGUAACGUCAAGACUACCGUGAAAGGCAAAGACGGCUCCGAGAAGGAGUGCUUGACUGGGGAAAUGAUCUUCUCCGGCGACAAGCUAUGGUGGACACAAGGUGUCUUCGAGUUCCGCUAUCAUCACAACGGCAAACAUAAUGUCAUGGCCAUCUCACGACCCUUUGAAGUUCGUAUUCCACGAUUCAGUGAAGACGAUCUGGAAGGCACAGACAGCACCGCCACUUCCGCAGGUACCAUGCUGACGCAAAAUGACGUGCUGAUUCGACGGUCUAUCGAAAGCACACUCCUGCCCAUCGUGCAGAACUGCUUCGAUCGGGACCCAGAUAUCGCGCCGAGCACCCCUUCAGAGGCGUUUGGCAGCUUGGUGGACCGGGACGGAAAGUACGCUAAGCGCGUCGUCUACGCUAUCCAUCAGAUGUUUGGCAUCGAGUUCGCACCCCAGGUUGUCAAGGCGGAUGGCAAGGUCGAGAAUCUGGCCUGGCGCAUCUGGGAAGCAAAGAAGGUUCUCGCCCCUUUCAGUAUGUCAAGAUCGAGAGGGACGAGCACGCCUGUUGAAAGUGAUGUUUGA